AUCAGUGCAUCAAAUGAUAAUUGAUUAUACUGAUGACAAUACAUCAUUGAUUAUAAGUAGCGUAAGAUUGAAAACUGCGGUACUCGACAUUUGCCGUUGCUUCAAGAAAUCACAACUCUCAUCGAAUGUUUUAAACUAUCUGUUGUAUCUCGUAUGAAAAGAACUCCGGAAAUAGAACGUAUGCAUAUCGUCAAUUCGGAGGCUUCCAGAGCGAAAACAGCGGAGCUUUUGUCACAACUUGAAGUUUUGCAGAGAGUAUCUGAGGAGCAAACCUCGACCUUUGACAUCUUUUUCAAAAAUAUCCUGACUUGUAUAAACAACGAGGAAGAAAUAGUGAAAAGCAUUAGGAAAACAUCAGAAAGGGAUAUAGAAAAAGAAAUAGAGAAUUCAAUACAGGAAAUGUUGAAUAAAAGAGAACAGCAGGAAGCGCGAAAGAAGCAAUUGCUAUCAGAAAUAAAUACUGCAGAGCGCAAAUUGCGUGACGUCAUAGAAUUCAACGCGACAACCGAAAAGGAACUUUACGAGAUGUGCGCGAAAGUUGAACAAGAAUAUAAAGAACUUCUCGGUAAUUAUGAUCGCGAUAUCGGCGCGUGUCACGCUUUAACGGAGAGACUGUCGAAAGAUUACGAGUUUCUUGAAGCAGAAAUAGGAGAUAUAAAGAAUCGGUUGGCAACGCAACGGAUUCAGUACACACAAUUCAAACAGGAGCGAGAAGUCGCGUUGAUAAAGGCUUUCAACGAGAAGGUGGAACUAUUCAAGCAAACCCGAGCGACAAAGAUUAUUCAACGAACAUGGAGAGCGUAUUACGAGCGUAUUUUUCUCAAGAAACGAAGGAAAACGAAGAAAAAGAAAUAAAAUGUGCUCGGGCGGUUUCACCGUAGGCAACGUCAUGCCGAUGACGAAGUUCGUAGAGUGACCGGUGGUUGACAACACCCCACGACGUUCGCUGGUCCUGUAAACCGGACAGGUGUAUGUUCUUCUUUCCUCAAUAUCCUGCCUCUUCAUCGGUAUCAGCCACAUCUGUACAGUCAAGCGACAUUACAAGAUAUCCUUCAUCCAAGUGGAUUUAACUCCGUCGUUUCUCGCGCGACCGCACAUCAAUAGGAGCCCAAGUCGCAUUGAAGUAGCAAUCUAAAAGAGAUGAACGAUCUCUCUCGAGUGCUGCUGAACCGAACGAUGUGCAGCGUGUGGAAUCGCAGGCAUCGACGGUAAAUACAAGGAUGACAGAUACGCUACAGGUGGUGUGUGUUGUUUGAUC